CUUCCUCUUCCCUCCCUCCUCCCCUCCUCGCGCGGGAUUUGGCGGCUGCCGCGGGCGUCAUCGCGAGAUCCGGGCGGAUCGCUACGUCAUGUGCCGUGCUGCUUAUGGCGGCGCUGGAGUGUUUCUGCUGUUGGGUAUGAAGUGAAAUAUAACUGAAUUUACCAUCUGAAACUGCUGCUUCAAGUUCGGAUCACGUUGAGAAAUAGAAAAUUACGCUGAACAACAACCAAAGAGCAAACUACAGCUGAAAACUUGAUCCGAAACAGAAGUUUGUGCCUACUCAACAGCCUACAAAGAGCACUUCCCAACGCUGCUAGACCUUCUACACUUCUUGUUGCUGUCCUGGGAUGCUCUCUAGUGCAGCAAGAAUAGGAAUUCUCUACUAGCUUGAUAGAUCCUUCUCUCUCUGUCCACCCAGCAUUUGUAAACGAACGCGUGCUAAACAGAUCAGACAGCAGUGCAAGUGCAAUAUUCAACAUCACUUCAAGCUAUAAAAUGGAGAAUCUCUACGCUGCGUCUUCAGAGCAUCAUAAUCCUUCAACUUCCAGUACUCCCUGUCACUCUCUUUCAACACGUUCUGCCUCAAUCAGUGCUAAAAAACAGAAGAGAAUUCCACUUUAUCAGAGAUCAAUGAGCUUUGAUCCAAACCUCUUGCAUAACAAUGGCCACUCUGGUUUUGCUAACGGUACCUCAGGAGCCCUGCGCGAAACUGGUGUUAUUGAGAAGCUGCUGGCAUCAUAUGGUUUUAUCCAGUGCACUGAACGUCAAGCCAGACUAUUCUUCCAUUGCUCACAAUACAGUGGUAAUCUCCAAGAUCUGAAAGUGGGAGAUGAUGUGGAAUUCGAAGUGUCCUCUGACAGACGGACUGGAAAACCUAUUGCUGUGAAACUGCUGAAAGUAAAGCCUGAAAUUUUGCCUGAAGAAAGGAUCACUGGUCAGGUUGUCUGUGCUGCUCCCCUUAACCUUGAGAACAAAUCUGGGCUGAAACCUUCAUCUCCUGGUCAGACUUCAGGCAGUGUGUGCUAUGAACGCAAUGGGGAAGUGUUUUAUCUGACAUAUACACCUGAAGAUGUUGAUGGAAAUGUCCAACUUGAAACAGGAGAUAAAGUUUCUUUCUCCAUGGAAACCAAUAAACAUACUGGUGCUGUAAACGCUCACAACAUUGUACUGGUGAAGAAGAAACAGGGCCGAUGUCAAGGUGUAGUUUGUGCCAUGAAGGAAGCAUUUGGAUUCAUUGAAAGAGGUGACCUUGUGAAAGAGAUCUUCUUCCAUUAUAGCGAAUUCAAAGGAAAUCUAGACACAUUGCAACCUGGCGAUGAUGUGGAAUUUACGAUCAAAGAAAGAAAUGGAAAAGAAGUUGCCACUGAAGUGAAACUGUUAGCCCAAGGAACUGUUAUAUUUGAGGAUGUUAGUAUUGAACAGUUUGAUGGAACUGUCACAAAAAUUAUUCCAAAAGUAUCCAGUAAAACCCAGACUGAUCCUUUGCCAGGACGUAUCAAAGUAAACUUCGCCAUUUCCAAAGAACUUCCCUUUGGAGAUAAAGACACCAGAUCUAAAGUGACUUUAUUAGAAGGUGACCAUGUCAGGUUUAAUAUCUCCACUGAUCGACGUGACAAAUUAGAACGUGCUACAAACAUUGAAAUCCUGACUGAUUCUUUUGAGUUAACUGAAGAAUCCAGAGAACUGGGUGUGAUUGCAGCUAUGAGGGAUGGAUUUGGUUUCAUUAAAUGUGUAGAUCGCGAUGCUCGAAUGUUCUUCCACUUUAGUGAGAUCAUGGAUAGUCUGCAGCUCCACAUCUCGGAUGAGGUUGAAUUCACAGUUGUCCCCGAUGUCCUUUCAGCUCAAAGGAACCAUGCAAUCCGAAUUAAAAAGCUUCCAAAAGGGACAGUGUCGUUUCACACCCAAUCUGAGCAACGUUACUUUGGAGUAGUGGAGAAAGAAGCUGCUGGUUCAAUAUCCAAGUCCACCAGCCCGGCUAAAAGUAAAGAAAAGAAUGGAGAAUUACCACCGUCGGCAGAAGACUUCAGCAACAGCAAUACAGAGUCUACACUGCAAGAUGCAAACCAAUUUUUACACAAAACAAAAGAUUCGGAAGAGGGAGUAAUUGCAUAUGACGAAGCUGGAAUAAAAAUGACUGUACCAUACCAUAUAAAAGAACUGGAAGGGUGUCCAAUUCCACAGCUUGGUGACAAGAUUGAAUUUAGCAUUUGUGAAGUUAAAAGAACCGGUCUACAGAGUGCAGUAUCAAUCAAAAUUCUAAAUCGUAGCCCCAAUACCAAGAGACUUGUAGGAUAUGUUGCAGCAUUGAAGGAUAACUUUGGUUUCAUCGAAACUUCUCAACAUGAUCAGGAAAUUUUCUUCCACUACAGUGAAUUCUCAGGUGAUGUCGAUGAGUUGGAGGUUGGGGAUGCCGUGGAAUACAAUUCGUCAAAGGGAAAAGGAAACAAAGUGAGUGCUGAAAAAGUUGCCAAGAGUACAACAGUAAAUGAUCCCAGUGAUGAAGUGUAUCCAACAGUCUAUACUGGUAAAGUGUUGAGGCCAUUGCGCAGUGUCGAUCCGCAGCAGGCAGAGUAUCAAGGACUUGUCGAGGUUACAGAGGAAGGGUCUGAUGAGAAAGGUGAAGUAUAUCCUUUUGGCAUCAUCAGUUUGGCCAACAAAACAGAUUGCCUUCAGAAGGGUGAAACCAUCAAGUUCCAGCUAUGCACAGUGACUCAGACAGGACAGAAGCUGGCCUACAAUGCCACAACUUUACGGAGAGGCACUGUGGACUGUGUAAAAGACCAGUUUGGCUUCAUAAACUACGAAGUUGGUGAUGGUAAAAAGUUAUUCUUCCGUGUGAACGAGGUAUUGGAUGGUGUGGAGUUGCAGCCUGGAGAUGAAGUGGAGUUUUCUGUCAUCUUAAAUCAGCGUACAGGAAAGUGUAGUGCCUGCAAUGUAUUCCGUGUCAGUGAAGGUCAAAAGCUCGUGGCAGCACCACGUCCUGAUCGCUUAGUACAUCGUUUGAAGAGCAUCACCUUGGAUGACGCAAGUGCUCCAAAAUUGGUUGUGGUUCGCCAGCCAAAGGGACCCGAUAACACCAAGGGAUUUACCGUGGAGAGAAAGAUUCGUCAAGCAGGAGUCAUAGAUUGAUUUAUUUUCUUCCCCCAGCAAGCACAUUACCCAAUGCAGUAUCUUCGGGGAGGGAAGGGUUUACGCAAGGUUAUCUGCCUCCACCGCCCUCUUGUGUUUCCUAGUCCAACAUGGAAAAUGGAGCACAAUUUAUCUAUUUUCAAGCAAAACUACAGUUCUACCACUUGUCUGUGCUUUUAUCAAAAGCUUAAAAAAAAAAGUACAAAACGAAGCAAAAACAAAAAAAAACGUUUAAAAAAAAAAUGUCGCCGCACAGGCUCGGUUGGGGCAAUGAAUGAGCAGAAAGCCUUAGUUUCACAACCUUAUAGGAGCUUGAUUUAAAAUCAAAAAAAGCAUCUUACAUCAAUGCUAAUUUGAAAUUUAAGUUAAUUUGCCUUUGUUAGUAAUGAGAGAAAUCUGAAAAAGAAAAAGCUAUACAACUGAAACACAAGUGCCAUGAGUGCUGGCUUUCAUUAAACCUUUCAGUACAAGUUUGUUGAUGCCGUGGAGCACUGCAGCCUUGGAACACAUUUUCCCUAUUCCAGAAACUAACAGAUUUGUGCAUAAAAACAAAUAUCACUGUUAUUUCCCACGAAGGGCACCCUGUGUAAUGCCGAAUGGAAAAGGAAGCGGCUGAAUUUUUUUUUAAAGUAUAUUAAUGCAUCAAGGUGGAAAUGUUAAUCGUUGGUACUGUAUAUAUGCCUUUUGCAUAGAAACAGGGAGACUAGUUGAUAUCAAGCAUUAGUAAUCAAAAAGACUGGUCUGUGUUCCUAUACCAAAUAAGAUCAGGAAUUUAAUUGAUGUUGAUGUGGGGCAGAGGCAGUAUCCCGUUUCUGUUUCGCCUCUGCUCACAGUUUGGGGUUUGUCUAAACUGGAGAAUGCUUUGUUCUUGCAAGAAGGGAAAACAACUCCUGGCUUUCUCCUGUGUCCCUGUUAAUGGUCAUGAAAAAGAAACUAGAAUAAAAAGUUUUACCAUAAA